AAAAUUAUCCGGUUCACGAGCCGAGUUCAUUGUUUCCCGACAGAGCCGGUUCAUUUACAUUGUUUCCUCUUCCAAUUUCGCCACGAGCCCUGAGGGAUUCAACCCUAGAGAGUCAAGGACGCAAAAUAGUCUCUUUGAUUUCCGCUUCGAUAAGGUACUGGUUUAAUGGAGGAUCCCUCACCCAAAUCGUUAUCUGAAAACUUAGAUGUGAAGCCAUCUUUUAGAAAGCUCACAAGUGAUGCUGCUGGUAGGAAGUAUCGCCGCCAUUCACCUCUUGGUAGAUCAGAUUCAUCUUCAUCUGGUGGAAGUCCAAGAUAUGAGCGCAGUCGCAGUCCACUACCUCCCAAGGAUAAUCUUACACGGAUGUCUUCGGAUCAGCGGAGGAAUGAUGCUGGAAGAGAGUCAGAAAGGGAUUCCCAUUCUACUCGAAACAGGCCUAGUAGAGGUCAUGAGUCCCAAAAGCACAAUGAGAAAUAUUCAUAUUCCAAUUCCCAUGAAUACAAAAGGCGUGAUGCUUACAGCAAGCAUGACAGACAAAUUGAUGAGAAUGAUAAGAAUUACCAACGGCCAUCCAGGUAUGCAAGGAAUGACAGGGAUUCUGACUAUACAAGAGUUGAGAGACUAUCUGGCAGAUACACCAAGAUUGCAGAGGAUAGGAAAAAGGAUAAGGAAAGAGAGUAUGAUAAAGGUUUUGAAAAAAUUGAUGCCCGAAGAAAGUUAAAUCAACAUUAUGAUUCAGAGCAGGACCGUUAUAGGAAGAGAGAAUCACACGACUACAGAAGUACCUAUCGCAGGAGCCCCCCAGUUUGUAAAAAUGAUACUGCAAAUAGCAAGGAGCACCAUGCAAAGGAGGACCAUAAGAGGAAAUAUCAUGAAAGGGAAGAUGAAAAACGUGAGAGAAGAACUUUGUUUAGUCAACAAGAAAAAAAUGUAGAUGAAGCCUCUAAACAUGCAGACAAGAAAAGUCAAAAUUCUCCAUCAAGAGAAGUCAAAGGUGGUCCAGCAACACAUGAUGAAGUGCCAUUAUCUAGUUCUGAACCUGUUGGUGAGACCAAUUCUACAAACACGAAUGCUGGAGCUGCUAACACUGUUGGUUCAGCAAAAUUUGCUGCCAUGAAAGCUGCUGAACUAGUGAAUAAGAACCUUGUAGGUUUUGGAGGAGUUGGAUGCUUGUCCACUGACCAAAAGAAAAAGCUACUUUGGGGUAACAAAAAGGACUCUUCUCAAGAGUCCUCCAGUAGCUGGGACCUUCAUCUGUUUUCGGACCAGGAUCGACAGGAAAAGUUCAACAGACUCAUGAGUCUGAGGUUGCCUUUUUGGCUAUGGCCAAUUGUAGGGUGUGAAGGGCAAUGUGGCUCCAGACGUCAAAGUGGAAAAGGAUGGAAGCCUCCAAGCAAAAAAACGCGAGGAGCUCGACACCGACUUGGAGAAGCAAUAUACGGCAGGCCUUCGUCGAAGAGAUGGUCGAACCGUUGGUCUUGGAUUGUAAUGAAAUUACCGUACCCUCUUUUAGAAUGGACAGAAACAUGUGUGUUGAAGAUCUUGACAGGCUUGCUUGUUUGUGAAAGUACACUUCCAUGUUUCCAAAAUAGAAACUAUACAUUUUGACCUU